UUUUUUUUUUUUUGAUACCAUGCCUGACAUUAUGGAUGAUCCCAAACGUAUUGCAAGUAGUCGUAUUGCUUCAAUUGCUCAUCAUUUAUCUGAUACCAGUGAUGAUACUGCUGCUUUUAUUCAAUCUCUGCGUUUAUACAGACAGGCUGAUCAAGUAGCCUAUAUAACACCUAUGGAUCCUUUACGAUUUCUAUUACGCAGUGCUAUGGUGUUCACAAACAAACCAGCCAUCACACAUCAGGGAGUGACUUGGACCUAUCGCCAACUAACGGAACGCGUGUUGGCUCUGACCAAUGCACUGAUAGAUGAUUAUCAAGUCCAAAUGGGUGAUCGUGUUGGUCUUCUCUGUCAAAAUAUUCCUAUUUUUAUCGAAGCACAAUAUGCCGUCCCCGCUGCUGGAGCCAUCGUUGUACCAUUGAAUACACGUCUUGCCGCCACUGAACUAGAUUACUUGAUUGGUCAUGCAGGAUGUAAUGUCUUGAUUGUGCAACAAUUCUUUAUCGAUAGUCAGCAAGUCGUCAUCAAACAGCUCCUGGCAAAAUACCCUCAUCUACAAUUUAUUAUCGUUGCCGAUACCCCUCAACAACCUCAUCUUGAUCCUUAUGAACAACUCCUGCGAUCGCAUACUACCUCUCAUCGCCGUCUUUGGAAGGAUUUACCUUUAUUGAAUGAUGAAAAUGCUGUUUUGUCUAUCAAUUAUACUUCUGGAUCUACAGGCAAGCCAAAAGGUGUUAUGGUGACCUAUCGUGGUGCUUAUCUCAAUGCAUUGAGUAUGUGUCUUCAUACUGGAAUUAAUAGUUCAAGUGUUUAUUUAUGGACAGGUCCCAUGUUUCAUUGCAAUGGAUGGGGAUUUAUCUGGGGAAUGAUAGCAGCAGGAGGUCGACAAAUCAUGCUGAACAAGGUGGAUUAUGAUGUGAUUUGGAAAAUAUUCAAGGAAGAAGGCGUGACACAUUACCAUGGAGCACCAACGGUUCAGAACGAAAUAUGCAAUCAUCCCAAUGCGACACGACUCCCAACACCGGUAGCGACUUUUUGUGGUGGAGCAGCACUUUCUAGUACAGUGAUUAAACGAUUACUCCAACUCAAUAUUCAACCCACCCAUAUCUAUGGUCUGACUGAAACUUAUGGACCAGCUGUGAUUUCUUAUAUGCCAUGGCAUCUUCAGAACCAUUGUCCAAACGAUCAAGAAGGUCAAGUUAAACUGAUGGCGCGUCAGGGUUUUAACAUGACUGUCAAUGAUGAACUUCGUGUACUUGAUCCUGAUGCACAAGAUGUACCUAGUGAUGGCAUUACUGUUGGUGAAAUCUGUCUUUCUGGUAAUGGUGUGAUGAGGGGUUACUACAACAAUUCUCAAGAAACGGCAAAGGCAUUCCGUCAUGGCGUGUUUUGGUCAGGUGAUUUGGCUGUACGACAUCCUGAUGGUGCAAUUGAAAUUGUCGAUCGUAGUAAAGAUGUCAUUGUCUCAGGUGGUGAAAACAUCAGCUCUUUGGAAGUGGAAAGUGUCAUUGUUCAAUUGGAUCAAGUCUCAGAAUGUGCGGUAGUAGGUGGACCGGAUGAUAAAUGGGGUGAACGACCUUAUGCAUAUGUAGUAUUGCGUACAAAUCAAGUUUUGCGUCCUGAUCAAGUCUUGGCUCAUUGUAGAAAACAUUUGGCUGGUUACAAGUGCCCGUCCAAUGUCAUGAUUGUAGAUAGUAUACCCAAAACAAGUACUGGCAAGAUCCAAAAGUUUAUUCUUCGAAAUGAAUUAUGGAAGGAUAAACAAAAGAAAGUGCAGGGAUGAAGAAAUGUAGGAUAGACAUGUUACAGUAUAAAUUGAAAUAAAAUGUAUAUGCAUGGAUAUAUAUAUACUAUGGGAG